UGCCACCUGUCAGUGUCCAUCAGUGCUAGCAGUCAGUGCUCAUCAGUCACGUGCCAGUGCACAUCAAUGCCACAGUGCCACCAGUGCACAUCAAUGUCACAUAUCAGUGCCCAUCUGAGCUGCCUUUCAAUGUCACCCAUCAGUGCCAGUCAGUGCCACCUAUCAAUGCCAAUCAUCAAUGCCGCCUAUCAGUGCCAGUCAGUGCCGCCUAUCAGUGCCAGACAGUGCCACCUAUCAGUGCCAUAUAUCAGUGUCAUGUAUCAGUGCUGCCUUUCAGUGCCCAUCAGUGAUGCCUGUCAAUGCCCAUCAGUGCAACCU